UUUGUCCUCAGACCAGGGCAACAUCAUGGGAUCACAUACCGUCCUUUCCCUUCAGAGCUACUGUAUCUUUAUCUUUCUUAGGUGCCAUGACUUAUCGAUGCGAAGCUAGUUUGAUUCGUUCCAGAACCCGAUGUCCGCUCGUAAAGGUAACGGUGUGAUGGUUGUUAUACUCAAGUCGCGUUCGUAGACGCGCCGGAGACGCUGGAAGCGCGUCUCCGCGUUGAAAUGUCGGAACUUUUCCAUAACCUUUCCCUUGCCGUCAGGCCUGCAUUCGCCUGGAGCUGGAGAAUAAUCAUCGACUCGACAUACCAUCACACGAACCUUUGCUGGUUAACUCACUUGGGCAUAGCAUAUCAAUAUUAUUUUUCAUCAUUGGUACGGACAGAUAGCGCAAGAUGCCUCCUAAGCAAUCCCCGAAGCAGGGCUCGUCGUCCAAGGUCAAGGAUGACAAGACUUUUGGUAUGAAGAAUAAAAACAAGUCUGCAAAGGUGCAGAAGCAGGUGCAGAUCAUGCAGCAGCAGGCAGCAAUGGCGGGGAAGAAUAAAGAAACGCUUGCGAAAGAAAAGGAGAAGGAAUUGCGAGCAAAGGCCAAGGCUGAAGAGGAGAAGAAGAAGAAAGAGGAGGCAGAGUUAUUCAAGACUGUGCAAGUGGCUCAGAAGAUACCAUUUGGCGUCGAUCCCAAAACCGUCCUUUGCAUGUACUUCAAGACAGGACACUGCGACAAGGGGAACAAGUGCAAGUUCUCUCAUGACCUGAACGUCGGUCGGAAAACGGAGAAACGAAACGUCUACUCUGAUACGCGGGAGGAGAAGCUGAAGGAUACGAUGGAUACGUGGGACGAGGAGAAGCUGCGAAAUGUGAUCUUGAGCAAGCACGGGAACCCGCGAACGACGACGGAUAUCGUGUGCAAAUUUUUUAUCGAGGCGAUCGAGAAAGGCAUGUUUGGCUGGUUCUGGGAGUGCCCGAACGGUGGCGAGAAAUGCAUGUACAAGCACGCGCUACCACCAGGGUUCGUGCUGAAAUCACAGAAGAAAGCGGACGAAUCGAAGAAAGACGAGAUCUCGCUCGAAGAUUUCCUCGAGGUGGAGCGACACAAGCUGGGGAAGAACCUGACCCCCGUGACGAGGGAGAGCUUCGAUAAGUGGAAACAGACGAGGCAGGAUAAGAAGAUGGCGGAGGAGGAGGCGAUGAGGGCCGCUAAGUCCGCGCAGGCGGCCGCGGGGAAGAGUAAUGGCAUGAGUGGAAGGGAUCUGUUCACUUUCAACCCGGAAUGGUUCCAAGAAGAAGAGGAGGAAGAAGCGGCCGGUGACGAAGAAGGGUGGGAUAUCGCUGCUUACCGCCGGCAAAGGGCGGAGGAGGACGAACGGGAAGAAGAGCGCAGGAUCAGGGAGAUGAACGAGGAGUUCCGGGAUCUAGAGGUGGACGAUGUCCACGAUACAGGCGAGGGUGGGGAUGACGGUGAAGAGGAUGAGGGAACGGAUGAGAUAAGCGAAGACGGAGAGGAUACAUGAGGUACUUCUCGUUGCUCGUUGGAAGGCCUUCUGUGUGCGAAGCGACUUGUGCGAGAUCCAGAGUUAUAUAAUCGGAACUCUUCUACAUAGGCAUACCCUACAGCACAAUGUAUCAUU